AAUCUUCCGGCCUUCAUUCUUCGACCUUCAGGCGAUGGCAUAAAACAUCACAGGGACAUCUAUCUCACCUACCAAGGCAACGAGCCGGCACCAAACUACAUUCUCCAUUAUGCAGACCCGGCAUCCACAGUUGCGGCGCAUAAGAACUGCUAUGCAGCAGCCAUAUUCGAUUGCUUCAACCCAGAGAUUCUCUACGGAGAAGUCCUUGCGCGGCCGGACUGGACGCAACCUACGCUCUCCGCAGAAGAGUUGAGGCGCAAUGGCGGCAUCCCUCCUCCACCACAGCCGAUUAUUCCCAAUGAAUUCGUCAUUCAACUUUACAAUCCAGAGCAACAAGUCAAGGUGGAGCUGCGCCCAGGCAAAUGGGGCUCGUCCGAUAGCUACGAGUUUUCGUUGCCCCAGCAUACGUUCCGAGAACCAUCAGCGAGCAAUAUCGAUCGAGGACAGCACGAUCCUGCAAUGUUGGCCACUACACCGAAAUUAAAUUUUGUUUGGCGUAAGGAGAGCGUGUUGAGCAAGGAUCUGACAUGCUUCAUGACCGGCAAGAGCACUGAUACAUGGGACAAAAGGAAAGCGAGGAAGGACCCAGAUAUUGCCAUUGCGCUGUGGAGAAGCAUGCGCGAGCUGACGCUGUAUGAGCCAAACUUGCAGCGGCUCGAAUUAGAAGAUCCUAAAGGGUUGGAAGUGGUCCUACUUCUCGGAGCCAUUGUUAUCAGAGAUCUAUUCUUCACGGGCAGAGAGCACGUACGUGAGCUCUUCAAUGUCGGCGACGCGCAAUCCAGUCGCAAACUUUCUGCCGGAGGUAGGACUUUGUCGAAUGAGGAACCAAAACAUUUCCAGCCUGGUGCGCCGGGUCCCCAUGCUCCCCCACCGAUGCCUUUGCGUCCGAACGACAGCAAACAACAGCCUGAACGAGCCGACGAAGCCGAGCGGCUACGUCUGCUCAAGAUCGUCGAGCAGGAAGAACGAGACCGGCAAGCCGCGAUCGAACGUGAGACUGAGCGCCUGCGCCAAGAGUAUGGCGUGCCAGGGGAGCCGGAAGGCCGUGGGUCCAGGAAAUCCCCUAAAGCUGGAUCACGGGUUUCCUUCAUGCAGCCUUCGAACAACGAGCACGGGUCUUCUAGCAGCAAUGGAGCGUUCAUGAUGAGCGGCGCAAAUGGCAACACUGGUGGACUUAAUGUUCAGAAACCUGCCAAGAAGAAAUCAUUCUUCAGCUUGCGGAGUGCCAGCUAA